AUGUAUAAUUGGCAAGACCUCAAUAAGAGCGACGAAAAUGGCCGACGUUUCGUCAUGGUUCACUUCUGUGAUGUGGCGCGGCUUCUGCAAAAAAAAAAGAGAGAAAAACGGUUGUUUGCAAUUCAAACGCUAUCUAUCAUUGUUCAUAUCGAUCUAUCUAUUUAUUUAUCUAUCUAUCUACCUAUCUCAGUCUGUUCAUAUCUAUCUAUCUAUCUAUCUAUCUAUGGCUGUUCAUAUUCUAUCUAUCUAUCUACCUAUCUAUCUAUCUAUCUAUCUAUCUAUCUAUCUAUGAUCAUACCUACCUCUAUCUAUCUAUCUAUCUAUCUAUCUAUCUAUCUAUCUCAGUCUGUCCAUAUUCUAUCUAUCUAUCUAUCUAUCUAUCUAUCUAUCUAUGAUCAUACCUACCUACCUCUCUCUCUCUAUCUAUCUAUCUCAGUCUUCUUUUCAUAUCUAUCUAUCUAUCUAUCUAUUUAUCAGUUAAUCUAUCUAUCUAUCUAUCUAUCAGUUAAUCAAUCAUUCAAUCUAUCUAUCACAGUCUGUUCAUAUCUAUCUAUCACAGUCUUUUCAUAUCUAUCUAUCUUUCACAGUCUUUUCAUAUCUAUCUAUCUAUCUAUCUAUCAGUUAAUCAAUCUAUCUAUCAUCUUUUCAUAUCUAUUUAUCUAUCUAUCUAUCUAUGAUCAUUCUAUCUAUCUAUCUAUCUAUCUAUCUAUCUAUCUAUCUAUCAGUCAAUCAAUCAAUCAAUCAAUCUAUCUAUCACAGUCUGUUCAUAUCUCUCUAUCACAGUCUUUUCAUACCUAUCUAUCUAUCUAUCUAUCUAUCUAUGGUAUUUGA